CACCAACGUCAUUACCAAUCGUUCCGAUGACGCCGGAACUGCCUCGGAAAAUACAUUUACGUCAAGCUUACAGAUCUUCUUUCCUGCUAGAGCUCAGGCCUAACAAUUAGCACGCAUUUCUGCCUGUACAAGUAUCGUUCAAUACGACCUCCUUGUCCAUUGAUUCCGCAUCUAAACCGUACAAGAUGAGCAACACGAUGAAGGCAGUAGAUAUUAAGAACGGCAAGGGUUCAAUCGAGGCCCUUCACAUUGCCGAUGUCCCCAGGCCCGAGCUCGGCAAGUCGCAAGCCCUCGUCAAGAUCAAGGCGUUCGGGUUAAACCGCAUGGAUCUGCUCCAACGUGAAGGCAGAUACCCUGUGCCACCUGGUGCUUCUAAAGUUCUCGGUGUAGAAUUCUCAGGAACGAUCGCAGAGUUGGGUGCCGAAGGUGGCGGCAAGGAGAACUUCAAGGAGGGAGAUGAGGUCUUUGGACUCGCGUACGGCGGCGCCUACGCAGAGUACAUUGCCGUAUCGACACACAUGCUGGUCAGGAAGCCAAAGGAGUUAACAUGGGAGCAGUGUGCUGGCAUCCCUGAGACAUGGAUCACCGCAACUCAGGCUAUGUACCUAGUAGGCAAAUACGCAGCCGGCAAGUCCAUUCUCUGGCACGCCGCAGCCUCGUCUGUCUCGAUCGCUGGAAUCCAGCUUUCGAAAGCGGACGGCGCAUCUGCAGUCUACGCGACCGCCCGCCAGGACGAGAAGUGCGACUUUGCGGUCAAAGAGCUCGGCGCAACAGCUGCAUUCAAUACCACGACGCAGAACUGGGCCGACGAGGUUCUCAAAGCCACGGAUGGCAAGGGCGUAGACAUCAUCAUUGAUUUCAUUGGCGCAAGCUACUUCCAGAAUAACCUCAAGGCGGUGGCUAAAGAUGGCGUAAUUGUCAAUCUUGGCUUUAUGGGCGGCACGCAGGUCCCUGAGGGAACAGACAUCAGUGCGUUCAUCUUGAAGAGGUGCACGUUUGUGGGCAGCAGCUUGCGGAGCAGGGAUGAGGAUUACCAGGGCAAGUUGAGGGAUCAACUGGUUGAGCAUGCACUACCGAAGUUCAAGGACGGUUCUUUCAAGCUGUUCAUCGAAAAGGUGCUUCCGUGGGAGCAGAUUCAGGAUGCGCACCGUUUGAUAGAGGAGAACAAGACUAAGGGCAAGGUCAUCUGCACGAUCUCAUAGGGAGCUGAAGCUUUUGAUCAAUAAGAGGAUAUUUGAACUUGCUUUGAGGUUCCAGGUGAGCUCAUGCGCUCCUUCCCAUACACCAUGUU